AUGCCAUCAAUUAAUGAAAAUGAAGAUAUUAUUAAUAAAUUAAAGAUGUCAACGAUAACAGAUGAUAUUAUUAUUCAACCAAGUAUUGAUGAUUUACCAUAUGAAGAAGAUGUUUCAAAGAAUCCAUACUCUGUUAAUUGUUGGUUAAGAUAUUUAGAGUUUAAACAAGGUUCACCACAAAAACAAAGAAAUUAUAUAUAUGAAAGAGCCAUUAGAGAAUUACCAAGAAGUUAUAAAAUUUGGCAUCAAUAUCUAUUAGAAAGAACUUUAGCAAUUAGAGGUAAAUGUAUUUUAGAAAAUUCAUUUGAGGCUGUAAAUACAUUAUUUGAAAGAUCUUUAGUAUUUUUAGAUAAGAUGCCAAGAAUUUGGAUUGAAUAUUGCGAAUUUUUAAUGAUACAAGAAAAGAUAACAUUAACUAGAAAAACAUUUGAUAGAGCAUUAAUAGCAUUACCAGUUACACAACAUUAUAGAAUUUGGAAUGAAUAUACUAAAUUCAUAUUGAAGAGAUCUAUACCAUCAUUAACAUGUAUUAGAGUUUAUAAGAGAUACUUAAAGAUUCAACCAGAGAAAGUUGAAGAGUAUAUUGAAUAUUUAAUAAAGAUUAAAGAGUGGCAAGAAGUUGUCAAUCAAUUAAUUAAACUAUUGGAUAAUGUUAAAUUUAAAUCGAUUAAAGGUAAGAGUCGUCAUGAUCAUUGGUUACAACUUUGUGAAAUUCUAUCAUCAUAUCCAAAACAGAUUACAGGUGUAGAUGUAGAUUCAGUGAUUAGAAGUGGUAUUGGCAAAUUCAGUGAUCAAAUUGGUAAACUUUGGUGUUAUCUAUCAGAUUAUUACAUUCAAUUGGCACAAUUUGAAAAGGCAAGAGACAUUUUCGAAGAGGCAUUAACAUCGGUUGGAACAGCAAGAGAUUUCAGUUUUAUUUGGGAAUCCUAUACACAAUUUGAGGAUUCAUUAAUCGCAGCAAAACAAGAGAUACUAGAAGAGGAUCCAUCCGAAGAUAAUCUAUUGGAAUUUGAUAUUAUCAUUGAACGUUAUGAAAAUUUAAUUCAACGUCAACCUUUAUUAUUGAAUUCUGUAAUGUUAAAACAAAAUCCAAAUAAUGUUCAAGAAUGGUUAAAACGUGUUAACCUAUACUCUAAUCCAACUCCAAAUGUUAAAAUGAUCAUUCAAACUUUUACUGAUUCAAUUAAAUCAAUUGAUCCACAACUUGCAAAAGGUAAACUUUCAACUAUCUAUUCAACUUUUGCUCAUUUCUAUGAACAAAAUAAUAAAUUAUCUCAAGCUCGUUUAAUAUUUGAAAAUUCUUUAACUGUAAAUUUUAAAACAAUUGAUGAUUUAUCAACAUUAUAUUGUGAUUAUGCUGAAAUGGAAUUAAAACAUAGAAAUUAUGAAAAAGCAAUUGAAAUUUUAAAAAGAGGUACAGUUUCACCAAAAAAACAAAAUACAAUAAUUGAAGAGAAUGAACCAGUUCAAAAGAGAUUAUUUAAAUCAAUUAAAAUUUGGACAUUUUAUGUUGAUUUAGAAGAAUCAUUUGGAACUUUUCAUAAUACAAAAUCAAUUUAUGAAAAGAUGAUUCAAUUAAAAGUGGUUACACCACAAAUUAUUUUAAACUUUGCAAAGUAUUUAGAAGAGAAUAAAUAUUUUGAAGAUAUGUUUAAAGCUUAUGAACAUGGUGUACAAUUAUUCCUAUUUCCACAUGUUCAAGAUAUUUGGAUCACUUAUUUAACCAAAUUCAUUCAAAGAUAUGCCGGUAUGAAAUUGGAGCGUACUCGUGACCUAUUCGAACAGGUUCUAUCAAAAGUACCACCAAAAGAAUCGAUUAUCUUUUAUUUAAUGUAUGCAAACUUUGAAGAACAAUAUGGUUUAGCGCGUCAUUCAAUGGCUGUCUAUGAUCGUGCAGCUAAAUCUGUCGAUAAAGAAGAUAGAUUCAAAAUGUACUUGUUAUAUAUUCAUCGUGCUUCAGAAUUCUUUGGUGUUAACCAAACUCGUGAAAUCUUUUCAAAAGCAAUCGAACAAUUACCAGAUCAAUACGUUCGUGAUAUGUGUCUUAAAUUCGCUGAUAUGGAAAAGAAAUAUGGUGAAAUUGAUCGUGCUCGUUCUAUCUACAUUCAUGGUUCUCAAUUCUCUGAUCCAAGAACUUCAAUGUUUUAUUGGAAUACUUGGAGUGAUUUCGAAAAAUUACAUGGUAAUGAAGAUACAUUCAAAGAAAUGUUAAGAAUUCGUAGAUCUGUUCAAGCAAGUUAUAUUACUCAAAAUCCAACUUUAGCUUUAUUAAAUAAAUUAAAUAAUAAAGAUGAUAAAGAUGAUAAAAAUCAACAACAAAAACAACAACAACAACAACAAGAAAAACAACAACAACAGCAACAGCAACAACAACAAGCAUCUACUUUAACCAAAUCAAAACCUGUCACUGUUUCACUACCAGAAACAAUUCAAUAUAAUAAGAAAAUCGAAAAUGAUGAUGAAAUUAAUUUAGAUGAUGAUGAAGAAGAGGAAGAGGAAGAAGAUCAACUAGCAAUUAAAGCUUUUCCAAAAACAUUAUUGAAAAUAAUAUAA